AUGGACAAUGGCUUCUUUUUGGUGAAGCUGUCGGCUGAUUUUGAACUCCUCGAUGUGGACAAUGGCUUCUUUUUGGUGAAGUUUGACUUGGAGCAGGACAAAAAGAAGGUGAUGGAAGGUGGUCCUUGGAUGAUUUUCGACCACUAUUUGGCGGUAACACAAUGGACCCGAGAGUUUAUUGCCCCGACAACAAAGGUAACGACAACGUUAGUAUGGAUCAGAAUCCCGGGUUUGAAUGCGACAUACUUUGAUGCAAGCUUCCUCAUGUCAGUAGCAAAGCUUGUUGGAACCCCGAUACGAGUUGAUAUGAACACUCUGACUGCAGAGCGUGGCAAGUUCGCAAGGAUUUGUGUGGAGCUCGAUCUUACUAAGCCGGUGUUGGGAAAAUUUUGGUUUGAAGGGAACUGGUUCAAGGUGGUGUAUGAGGGGUUACACAUUAUUUGUGGUUCGUGUGGGUGCUAUGGUCACCAGACUCGUGCAUGUCCUGGUCCUCCUCCACCUCAGGUGCUUGGACCGCCGGAGCAGCAAACCCUAGUUGGUGCGCUAUCAGGAGGGGAGCCGCCAGCACCCUCACAAACCCUAGGCGCUGUGCAGCAGGAAGUUCUAGAAACGGUUAUUGAGAAAAUUCAGGAGGGAAUUACGCAAACCGUUAUCUCGGGUGAGAAGAAUAGGGAAGCAAUCAAUAAGGCUAUCAUUAUUGAUGAUCCCCAGAUUCUUGACGUUGCUUGUGAGUGGUUGACUAUGAAGUACAAACCGAAAAAGAAACAAAAUAAAAUCAUGACUAAAUCAGUGGAAGGGCCCCACAAGGGAUUUGUGCCGGUCGUAGGAAAAUUCGACGUCGGGUUCAUGGAUAGCUCUGAUAACACUAAGAAACGUCGUAAACAAGAUGCUGGCACUGGUUUGUCUUCAGUGCAGGACAAGGAAAGGGGAAAACCGUCCCUUCGUGACAAGGAUUCUGCUCCCACCGGGCAAUCUCAAAAGACCAAGGGAAGAUCAAUUGCAUCGAGCGUGAAGGUUCCAGGGGCGCGCAGCUCGGGUGUAACCCCUUCCUCUGCGAUGGCAGCCAUUGGUACAACAAGUUUCAUGCAAGAGUUCAAUAAGAUUGAUGGUCUCUCUCAAGCUGGGGGGGUCUUCCAAGGAAGGCCUCCGUACAAUUGA